AUGCGAGCUAUCUGGCCUUUCGUUUUCUCGAUGACCCAGAAUCUGCGCAAGCUGCAGGACAGCAUUACUACAGUGCCAUCCCCCUCCCAAAGCGGCCGCCCGGGCGAGUUCUCUUGGUCCGUUGAUGCGCAGCUGCUCUGGUACAUCCUCAUCUACGAGAAAGCUGGAAGACGCGACGCCGCCGCCGAUAGGUCCAUGUUCAGCGACGCAAUCACCCAGGAAGCCGAGAAUCGCGAGCAAGAUGUUGCUGAGUUUGCCAUGGCUGGGUCUGCCGGGAUAUCUGGUUACAAAAUAGUGGCUAGAGAGAACUCUGCUUAUGCUCCCGAGGACGAUGAUGCGUAUCAUCGACUAAAUAAGUUGACUACCCCUGUUGGGGCAGCGGUGGAGGGAUUCAACGUCGCCGAGGAUCAUAUGUUCGAAGGAGUUGGAGAUAUGAACAUGGUGGACCAGGGCAGCUUCUUCUUGCAAGCUGAAGAUUUUGGGCGGGCUAUCAAUGAUUAG